AUGGGUUCCGAUGGAUCCAAAUCUGGUCGGAAAAGACGAGAGCUUCGCGCAAAACAUUUGAAGAAGCUCACGAGUGAAGAAGAUGACUCUGGAAACCUUGUCAAGGACAACAACAAUAGAGCUCCGAAGAGGAUAAGGGAAAGCGAAUCUGAUAAUGAUGAGCCUCUUAUGAAGAAAUCAGCAGCUUCUAUUAAGGUUGUAGAAGCUGAUAAGCCAAAGAGUGAACUUGCCAAAACUUCUGAUUCUUACUUGUCUAAGACAAGAUUUGAUCAGUUCCCACUGUCUCCCUUGUCGCUGAAAGCAAUUGCGGAUGCUGGAUUUAAGACAAUGACUGUUGUGCAGGAGGCUACUCUUCCUAUCAUUCUCAAAGGUAAAGAUGUGCUAGCCAAAGCCAAAACAGGAACUGGGAAAACAGUUGCAUUUUUGCUUCCAUCAAUUGAAGCUGUUAUCAAAUCUCCUCCUGUAAGCCGGGGUAAUAAGCAACCCCCAAUUAUUGUGCUUGUGGUAUGCCCUACUCGGGAACUGGCUUGUCAAGCUGCUACAGAAGCAAACACCUUGGUGAAGUAUCACUCAUCUAUUGGUAUUCAAGUUGUGAUUGGAGGCACAAAGCUUCCUACAGAGCAAAGGCGUAUGCAAAAAGCUCCUUGCCAGAUUCUUGUGGCUACACCUGGAAGGCUCAUAGACCAUAUCAAGAACUCUUCUGGAUUUGCCACAAGGUUAAUGGGUGUGAAAGUCCUUGUACUCGAUGAAGCUGAUCAGCUCUUGGCCAUGGGUUUCCGAAAAGAUAUAGAGAGGAUAAUUGCUGCGGUGCCUAAGAAAAGACAAACAUUUUUAUUUUCUGCCACGGUACCUAAAGAGGUCCGCCAAAUAUGCGAUAUUGCUAUGAAACCUGAUCAUGAGUUCAUUAAUUGUGUUCAAGAGGGUACUGACGAGACACAUCAAAAGGUCACACAAAUGUUCAUGAUUGCAUCACUGGAUAGACAUUUCUCGCUUCUAUAUGGGCUUCUUAAAGAACACAUAGCAAAUAAUGUGGACUACAAGGUUAUUAUUUUCUGCACAACUGCUAUGGUUACAAAAUUGGUGGCUGAAUUGCUUGGUAAGCUAAGCCUGAACGUCAGAGAGAUCCAUUCUAGAAAACCACAGAGUUACAGAACCAGAGUUUCGGAUGAGUUCCGCAAGUCGAAGGCUAUUAUCCUUGUAACAUCUGAUGUAUCUGCUCGUGGUGUGGAUUACCCUGAUGUGUCACUAGUUGUACAGAUGGGAUUGCCAUCAGACAGGGAUCAAUAUGUACAUAGACUAGGCAGAACCGGGAGGAAAGGUAAGGCAGGGGAAGGUGUACUAGUGUUGGCACCGUGGGAAGAGUAUUUUCUGUCGUCCGUUAAAGACAUACCCAUCACUAAGUCUCCUCUACCCCCAGUAGACCAUGAGGCUGUGAAAAGGGUGAAGAGGGGGCUUAGCCAAGUGGAAAUGAAUAGCAAGGAGGCGGCGUAUCAGGCGUGGUUAGGAUACUACAAAUCUCAGAAGAUGAUUGCAAAAGACACGACCAGACUAGUGGCAUUAGCCAAUGAGUUUAGCCGCAGCAUGGGCCUUGACAUCCCACCAGCUAUCCCAAGAAAUGUUGUUUCCAAAAUGCGUCUCCAAGGUGUUCCUGGUAUUAGAACCAAGUAG